UGGCGCGCAUGCGUGUGUGUCCGGUGCCGGCGGGUCCGGUUUCCAGGGGAGCGCGCGAUGGCGGCGGCGGCGGCCGCGGGAUGUGAGCACUACCGGCGCUCGUGCCGCCUGCAGGCGCCAUGCUGUGGGAAGUUUUACAUCUGCCGUCUGUGUCACGACGACGCGGAGAAUCAUCAGCUCGACCGCUUCAAGGUCACUCAUGUUCAAUGCGCAAAGUGUGAGAUAGUGCAGAAGGUUCAAAAGAGCUGUGAAAGCUGUCAAACAGAGUUUGGGGAAUAUUACUGUGACACCUGUCACCUGUUUGAUGUGGACAAGAAACAAUAUCACUGUCUGUCAUGUGGCAUUUGCAGGAUUGGACCAGAAGAUAACUUUUUCCACUGUGUGAAGUGUAACUUGUGUCUAGCUACUCAUCUCCGUGGGAAGCACAAGUGUGUUGAAAACGUUUCACGACAGAAUUGUCCAGUAUGCAUGGAGGACAUUCACACUUCCCGCAUUGGAGCUCAUGUCCUGGACUGCGGACAUCUUCUUCACAGGACUUGCUAUGAAAUGCUGUUUAAUAAAGGAGCAUAUAGGUGCCCUCUGUGUAUGAGGUCUGCUACCAACAUGACUAAAUACUGGGAAGAGCUGGACUCUGAAAUAGCCCAGACCCCCAUGCCAACAGACUACCUGAACAUGGCUGUUAAGAUCAUGUGCAAUGACUGCCAGCUUCACAGUACCGCACCGUUCCACGUGUUGGGUCUGAAGUGCAGUGGCUGUGGGUCGUACAACACUGCACAGGACGGUGGUCUGAUCACACUGCAGUCACAGCAGUGAUGCACCCCAUCCAAUGUUCAAUUAAACCUCUUGAAAAUCU